AUGAGGACACAUGAGAGGGUGUCAUCUGUGAGCCAGGACACCAUCCUCCACAGAUUCCACACCUGCUGCACCUUGAUCACGGACUUGCAGCCUCCAGAACUGCGGCCCAGUAGGCCACCCACGCCCAUGUCCCCCCAGCCAGGCCGCAGCGGCUGGCAGCAGGCAUUCAGGAAACACAGUCAUCACCCGAGGAAACACCUGAACAACCAAGACUUCCACAGCAAUUUCAAAACCCACCCCAGCCUGCUCUAUUCAAAGCAUUUUCAGGGCUCCAUGGACCUGAGAGCUGAUGGCUCAGAGAUCUGUUGUUUUGUCAUCAUGAUCAUCUCCUUCGUGUUUUUCUACCAGAAAUAUUACCAGCUCAUACUGUCCACAAAAGUGGCCAUCGUCUGCGUCGAGUCUGUUAUACAAAUCCGGCAAUCCAGCCUGCCGCACAGUCAGGCUGUGUGGUGCAGCUUGUUGCUUCUGGGCUACACACCCACACAGCACGUGACUGUGCUGAGUCCUGCAGGCAGCUGGAACACCGUGGCGAGGGCCCUCACGGAACACAACACGGGGAUCAGGUCCUCACGGAACACAACACGGGGAUCAGGUCCUCACGGGACACAACACUGGGAGCAGGUCCUCACGGACACAACACGGGGAUCAGGUUCUCACGGAACACAACACCGGGAUCAGGUCCUCACGAACACAACACCGGGAUCAGGUCCUCACGGAACACAACACGGGGAUCAGGUCCUCAUGGAACACAACACGGGGAGCAGGUCCUCACGGACACAACACCGGGAUCAGGUCCUCACGGAACACAACACGGGGAUCAGGUCCUCACGGAACACAACACGGGGAUCAGGUCUUCACGGAACACAACACGGGGAUCAGGUCCUCACGGACACAACACCGGGAUCAGGUUCUCACGGACACAACACGGGGAUCAGGUCCUCACGGACACAACACGGGGAUCAGGUUCUCACGGAACACAACACCGGGAUCAGGUUCUCACGGACACAACACGGGGAUCAGGUCCUCACAGAACACAACACGGGGAGCAGGUCCUCACGGACACAACACGGGGAGCAGGUCCUCACGGAACACAACACGGGGAGCAGGUCCUCACAGAACACAACACGGGGAGCAGGUCCUCACGGACACAACACCGGGAUAUGGUGCACAACCGUAUUCAAAUGUGGGGCUGUACUUUUCUAAGAAGGCAAACAUGUAAACAUAAAAAGCCUGGCUUAUUUUGUUUUACUUUUAAAUUGGGAGAAUGAGAAUCUAUUUUAGAACACUUUGUGUGGCUUAAUCAUUAUUUGAAAGAUCCAGAAUAGGAAAGUUCAUCUUUAGACUCUUAGUUCAGGCUCUUGAUACCAAGCCUCGAAUGACUAAUCCACUUAACAGUGAUGAGGCCACAUCAAAACAACCUCCAGCCUUUCUACUUCACAACCAGUUACAACAGAACGGGCGCAGUUAACCAUCCUCCUCUGGGCCUUAGUGUUUUCUUGAAAGCUGCAGUUUCCGAGGUUUUCUGUUAAUGCCGGAACAGUCUCACCUCUCCCCUCCAGGGUUCUACCCAAGGACAGG